CUUUGGAUUGGCCAAUCCAAUUAUUUACAAGUAGCGUAGUGGUAGGUAAUACUCACAACUGGUCCCUUUGACAUCUCCAAUGAAAUCCUUCCACGUGUCCCACCUAUAUUAAAAAAAUAUUUUCCUAUCUCUUUUUAUCAGUAUCUUCUUCCUCCUUUGCAGGAAUAUUCAGGAACCCUAACAAUGGCGACUUCACUCCCAUCUCUUCUUCUUUGUUUCUUCUUCUUCUCUUUUCUAUCUGUAACCCUAUCGGUUCAUACGAAACCCUUCGAUCAACCCAAAACUUAUAUCAUCCACGCAUCAAAAUCUGAAAAACCUGCAACGUUUUCAUCUCAUCAUCGAUGGUAUUCCUCCAUAGUCAACUCAGUUUCUUCGUCUCACCAACCAUCUGACAUCCUCUACACCUACGAGCGCUCCGUCAAUGGAUUCUCAGCCAGGUUGACUCGAGCUCAGGCCGCUCAGCUCCGUCGUCUCCCGGGGAUACUAUCUGUCAUCCCCGAUCGUCCAAGGAAGCUUCAUACCACUCACACACCUACUUUCCUUGGUUUGGCAGAUGGUUUUGGUCUUUGGCCUAAUGCUGAAUACGGUGACGAUGUUAUUGUUGGAGUGCUUGAUACUGGGAUCUGGCCGGAGAGACCGAGCUUCUCCGAUGAAGGACUUCCACCGGUUCCUUCCACUUGGAAAGGUACUUGUGAGGCAACAGCGGACUUUCCUUCGACGGCGUGUAAUCGCAAAAUCAUUGGUGCUAGGGCUUUUUAUAGAGGCUAUACGGCUAGUCUCGGAAGCCGGUUGAAUGAAACCGGUGGUUCUCUUUCACCUAGGGAUACAGAAGGUCAUGGAACUCAUACUGCUUCUACGGCUGCCGGAGCGGUGGUGAAGGAUGCCGGAUUUUAUGAAUAUGCGAGAGGUGAAGCUAGAGGGAUGGCGGUUAAGGCUAGGAUUGCUGUUUAUAAGAUCUGUUGGAGUGAAGGUUGCUAUGAUUCCGAUAUACUUGCAGCGAUGGAUCAAGCUAUCGAUGACGGUGUGCACAUCAUUUCUCUGUCGGUUGGGGCCUCCGGUUAUGCUCCGGCAUACUACCGUGAUUCCAUUGCCAUCGGAGCUUUUGGAGCGAUGCAACACGGUAUUUUAGUUUCCUGUUCUGCUGGAAAUUCUGGUCCGGAAGCCUAUACUGCCGUGAACAUCGCUCCAUGGAUUCUUACAGUUGGAGCUUCAACGAUCGAUAGAGAAUUUCCGGCGGAUGUUGUUCUUGGCGACGGGAGGUUAUACGGUGGUGUAUCACUUUACUCUGGUGAAGGACUUGGAGACGCACAGUAUCCUUUAGUUUAUGCAGCGAACUGUGGUAGCCGAUACUGUUACACCGGACAACUAAACUCCACACUCGUCGCCGGCAAAAUCGUGAUCUGUGAUCGUGGAGGCAACGCUAGAGUUGAAAAAGGAAGCGCCGUGAAAAUCGCCGGAGGCGUCGGAAUGAUCCAUGCGAACACCGAUGAAAACGGGGAAGAGCUUCUCGCCGAUUCGCAUCUCCUGCCUGCGACCAUGGUUGGUGCAGAAGGUUCAGACAAAAUCAGAGAAUAUGUCAAAUCCGAUCCAUCGCCGACGGCGACGAUCGUUUUCCGGGGAACAGUAAUCGGAACUUCACCGUCCGCACCGCGAAUUGCGUCGUUCUCAAGCCGCGGACCAAACCAUCUCACGGCGGAGAUUAUUAAACCGGACGUUACUGCUCCGGGAGUAAAUAUAUUAGCCGGUUGGACCGGGUACACAAGCCCGACCGAUUUAGAUACCGACUCGAGACGUGUCGACUUUAAUAUAAUAUCUGGCACAUCAAUGUCGUGUCCUCACGUGAGUGGCUUAGCCGCUUUGCUCCGUAGGGCCCACUCCACUUGGACCCCAGCUGCUAUCAAAUCAGCCCUUAUGACCACCGCUUAUUAUUUGGACAACAAAGGUGAGAAAAUUACGGAUCUUGCCACUGGGGAGCAAUCUACACCGUUCGUUCAUGGAUCAGGACACGUAGACCCAAAUCGAGCCCUUAAUCCAGGAUUGGUGUACGACACUGGAGUUGAUGACUACGUGGCAUUCCUUUGCGCCAUUGGAUACGAUUCCAAGAAGAUAGCAACUUUUGUGAAAGAUCCAGUGGAUUGCAGUGCAGGGAAGUUUAGUAGUCCUGGUGAUCUUAACUAUCCGUCUUUUUCAGUGGCGUUUGAUUCCAAUAAGGGUGGUGUUGUGAAGUAUAAGAGGGUGGUGAAGAAUGUGGGGAGUGAUGUGGAUGCGGUUUACGAGGUGAGUGUGAGUGCUCCAGCGGGUGUCGAGGUGGUUGUGUCGCCGGAGAAACUUGAGUUUAGUGAGGAGAAGACGGAGGUUGGUUACGAGAUCACGUUUAGCUCCGCGGGCGGUAGGAAGGCGGCGUUUGGUGCGAUUGAGUGGAGCGAUGGGAGCCACAAUGUGAGAAGCCCGAUCGCGGUCGUGUGGGGAGCGAGUACGUGGCAAAUGAGUAUGUAAAUUGCGCAUUUUAGCUUUCGGAUGGCGGUUAACAAGAUUGGACGGGAUUUGUUGAGUCCUUUCUGUAAACCAAACAAGAGAGGGAGAUGGUGGGUCGGGGUCGUUGGUAAGUUUAUGUACGGAAAGUGGGUAAGGUUAGGGGAUGACAAUCUUUUGUUUUGAAUCAAAAUAAUGUAUCAUCUGCUCUCUUGAUGUAAAAAUAAAUAGGAAAAUAUGCAUGGUGUGUUUUAAAGUAGUUGUAAAAUAUUCGUGGAAAAGGUUUUGCAUAAAUCGGUGAUUUGGAGAGAAAACGAAAUUCAUGUUGAUGUGUGAAGAGGAAGAAGAUAAAUUAUAAAUGUUGAUAU